UUUCAUUUUCUCGGGGGGCUUUUCCUGAUCCAAUUCCGUGAGAUCUCUAUGUUAUUUGCUUCUUCUGGCAUUUUUACGGGCAUUUGUAGGCGCGAGUGGAGAAGACAUAAUUAGAAAGUAAAACUUUUGUGUUUGGUCGAUCUGCUGCUUCUCUGGAAAUGUUUGAGUUAACUCCGUGCACUGGAGAAUUCGGAAUCUCCGGCUGAUUGCUUUUCUUUUUUGGGAGGAUAUAAUGAUCUUUACAGACCAGAGAUAUUCCAUGCGCUUUUUGACGCUUUGACGUUUUGAUUAUUCUCAAUUUUGUUUAUUUCGCAUUCCGAGUGGGGUCAUUUUCUCUCUCCAUAUGAUUUUUCACUGCCGAGCUGAGAAUAUUCGUGCAAUUUGUAUUUGACGUCAAUGUAUUGCACAAUUAUGAACAUGCAGCAACAUUGUUGGAGGCAAUGAUGACGAAUUUUCAGGAUCAUUCUGAAUUUUUGAAGAAUUUCCUCAUCCCUAAUUACGUACUCCUAUCUGAAUUAGAGGUUGAGAACGUUCCUCAUGUUCCCAGUUGUCCUGUUUUAGUAUUUAUCAACUCCAAAAGUGGUGGUCAGCUUGGUGGCGCUCUCCUUAGUACAUAUCGUUCUCUUCUCAAAGAGAGACAGGUUUUUGAUUUGGGGGAAGAAGCUCCUGAUGAGGUGCUGCGCAGAAUCUUCUUGAAUCUCGAAAAACUUAAGCUUAACGGGGAUGAACUUGCUGCCAAUAUUCAGAAGAAAUUGCGACUAAUUGUUGCAGGGGGUGACGGAACGGCUGGCUGGCUUCUUGGAGUUGUUUGUGAUCUUAAGUUAUCUCAUCCACCUCCAAUAGCUACAGUGCCCUUAGGAACUGGAAACAAUCUUCCUUUCGCAUUUGGUUGGGGAAAGAGGAAUCCUGGAACAGACCCUAACUCUGUGCUUUCAUUUUUAGAUCAAGUUCUGAAAGCAAAGGAAAUGAAAAUAGACAAUUGGCAUCUUCUGAUGAGGAUGAGAGCUCCAACUGAAGGCUCAUGCGAUCCUAUUCCUCCUCUUGAAUUGCCACAUUCCCUACAUGCAUUUCACCGUGUCACUGAGGGUGACGAACACAGCGUGGAAGGUUGCCUCACAUUCCGUGGGGGAUUCUGGAACUACUUCAGCAUGGGAAUGGAUGCUCAAGUAUCAUAUGCAUUUCAUUCUGAGAGAAAGUUGCAUCCCGAAAAAUUUAAGAAUCAGUUGGUUAACCAGAGUACCUAUGCAAAGAUUGGCAGCACCUGGUUUUUGGCUCCUGUGUUUCAUCCUUCAUCCAUGAAUAUAGUUCAAAUUGCUAAGGUGGAGAUCAUGAAAUGUCCUGGUAAUUGGCAAGAGUUGCAUAUACCUCAUGGAAUCAGGUCAAUCGUAUGCCUUAACUUGCCCAGCUUUUCUGGUGGAUUCAAUCCAUGGGGGACACCAAAUAACAGAAAGCGGCGUGAUAGAGACUUGACUCCACCAUAUGUCGAUGAUGGCCUUCUUGAGGUUGUUGGCUUUCGAGAUGCUUGGCAUGGACUGGUUUUGCUUGCUCCAAAAGGACAUGGAACUCGCCUUGCACAGGCUCAUCGCAUCAGGUUUGAGUUUCAGAAAGGUGCAGAUGAUCACACAUUUAUGAGGAUUGAUGGGGAACCCUGGAAGCAACCCCUCCCUGCCAAUGAAUCUGUUAUGGUGGAAAUCUCUCAUCUUGGCCAAGUCAACAUGCUUGCCACCCAUAAUUGCAGAGCCAAAAGCGUUCAUGAUCCCUCGACACCGAGCAGGCAUGAUGAGGACUCUGAUGAGGAGGAUUAUGAAGACGACUCAACACAAAGUGGUGAAGAAUUCAGGAAAUUUGGUGCAGCAGCCACCUUUAAGAUUCCAGACGAAAUUGAUAUCUCUCAUCUUAGUUAAACACAUACCUUUUUACAUAGUUUUCUCUGAAUGUUGGUGAUUUAAUAUUGUCUGAACAGUGGGCAUAUGUAAUUACAACGAUUGGCUUGAUCUCCGAUAAUGUUGCCUCUUCAAUAAUAUCUUCAAAUAUAUAGCGAUUCUGCUUUUUUGGUGUACAUUCA